GCCGCCCCCCCCCCGCCGCUGUCGCUUCCCCAGCGCGGCUCCGGUGCGGACACCCGGCGGCGGCAGGUAACUGUGCUGAGAGAUGGCGGAGCAGCGUCAGGACGUCACCAUGAUGGAGGAUCACGCAGCUGGCCAGGAGAAGCACAUCCCCUCAGGCUAUCCCCUUCAGAUACCAGUCGAUGAUGGAUCGGAUGAGCCUGUUUCUGAAACAUCUGACGCUAAGAGCACCCCAACUACGGAAGAUGCCACAGCACCUUUAGUGGAGGAAGGAGACCACGAGGAUCAGGGUGGUGUCGAACAGCACGGAGAGAUCCCAGAAGGAACCACAGCUGAAGAGGCGGGCGUAGGAGCCACCCCCAACCUGGAGGACCACGCUGCAGGAGACGCUGCUCAAGCUCGGAUUGACAGCAAAGACAAGGAAGGGGCUGAAGCUGAGGAAAAGAAACCGAAGAAAUCCUCACCUUCCACCGCCAACCCCCCAGGCGAUAGACCCUCCAUCCCCCCCCAUCGACACACUUCCUCUAGCACAACCCCUCUGAAAACACCCUCCAGCCCUGCUUCCACCUCUAAACGAGUCUCUUCUGUCACAUCCCGACCUGCCAGUACAGGAACGCAGGAAACAAAAGCCAAGGGCCCAGAGAUGAGAGGUGGCACGAAGGCGGCCACGCCACGCUCCGCAGCCGGGCAGGCUCAGAGGAACUCGGCCAACGCCACGCGCAUCCCGGCAAAGACACCCACGGCCCCCAAGACCCCUCCCAGCUCCGGCAGAAAGGAGCAGAAAAAACCACCUCCUGCAGCAGCAAAGUCUGAGAAAGGUGAGCAGCCCAAGUCUGGAGACAGAAGCGGUUACAGCAGUCCCGGCUCCCCCGGGACUCCAGGCAGCCGUUCCCGCACUCCUUCUCUGCCCACCCCACCAGCCAGGGAGCCCAAGAAGGUGGCAGUGGUUCGCACCCCGCCGAAAUCUCCUGCGUCUGCCAAGAGCCGCAUCCAGCCCUCAGCUGCACCCAUGCCUGACCUGAAAAACGUCAAGUCCAAAAUCGGCUCCACCGAGAACCUGAAGCACCAGCCCGGAGGUGGCAAGGUGCAGAUUAUUAAUAAGAAGCUGGACUUUAGCAGCGUUCAAUCCAAGUGUGGCUCAAAGGAUAAUAUCAAACACAUCCCAGGAGGAGGCAGUGUGCAGAUUGUUAAUAAGAAGUUGGACUAUAGCAGCGUUCAAUCCAGGUGUGGCUCAAAGGAUAAUAUCAAACACGUCCCGGGAGGAGGCAGUGUCCAAAUCGUCUACAAGCCGGUCGACCUGAGCCACGUGACAUCCAAAUGUGGGUCCCUGGGCAACAUCCAUCACAAACCAGGCGGUGGCCAGGUGGAGGUGAAAUCUGAGAAACUGGACUUCAAAGAUAAGGUGCAGUCGAAAAUCGGGUCCUUAGAUAACAUCAGCCACGUUCCUGGAGGAGGAAAUAAAAAGAGAGAGAAAGGCAAGGAAGACAAGACCUGUCCCCAGGCUGCUCGGACCCCGAGCCCAGACCCCGCUGGGCUCCAGUCCCUGGUGCUGGAGCCACCCACCCCCCUGGAGAGCCAGCUCCCAGCCUUGCACUCGGCUGGGGAGGGCACCAAUUGAGACUCAUAAGCUGACCUUCCGUGAGAACGCCAAAGCCAAGACUGACCACGGCGCCGAAAUUGUCUACAAGUCCCCCACCAUCUCCGGAGAUGCCUCCCCGCGCCGCCUUAGCAAUGUCUCCUCCACCGGCAGCGUCAAUAUGGUGGACUCCCCCCAGCUCGCCACGCUAGCUGACGAAGUGUCCGCUUCGCUGGCCAAGCAGGGCUUGUGAUCGGGGCAUGGCGGGCAAAGAUGAGAGAAGACAAGGAAAAAAAAAAAAAGAAAAGAAACAAAAAUAAUAAUCUGGCCUUCUUCCUCUGUUCCUUUUACAGCUGCUUCCCCAUCCCCUAACUGGUUAAUGAUUUAACCUGCUUUUACUGUUCAUUCAGCUCUAGCUCCAGGACUUCAAAAUCAGACACUAUGAGGUACAAAACCUCCUCUCCCCCUGCUCCUCGGAGCGCACAGCCCGUGCCCGUCCCCACUCCCUCCCCUCGUCCCCUCGUCCCUUUGCUGUCCCAGCGGGAAGGAGCCAGGGGGUGGAGGGGGCAGCCCCAGCACAACGCUGACCCCAGCACCCCAAGGGCCUAGCGGGGAGCAGGGGUGAUAGCCCUGGGGCUCCCCACGUUCAUUACCCUAACGAUGACCAGGCUGGAGGCCUGGCCUGCACUCAGUGCAGGUAGUGGGUGCUGCAGCCAGGGACUGCAGGCAGGCACCCUCCCUUUCUGCAUUAAAUUUGCCUGCUGAUUUGGAAGAAACCUUUUGUUUUUCCCUCUGAAAGCCGAGAUGUGUAUGAAGGUAACUGCCAGGUAUCCCCUAAUCCUGCUCUCAGCUCCGGCAGCUGGAGUACCGGCGACACCAGGGUGUCCCGUUGCAGAAGGGGCCCCGGCCGGCCGUUUCCCUCUCCAUGGCUGUGCUGGAACCGCUGAGUGGAUGAGUAGAGGCUUUUCCCCAUUCCUUUGGCAGCCCCUCGUGUCGUAGAGUAGAUUUGUCUGUAUAUGCUUGGACCGUGCCAGGGUGA